CGGACUGCGAUUUGUGGUUUGUGCUCGAAGAGUGUGUGCUGUGGGCUGAGUCGUCAAAUUGAGCUGUCUCCCAACAGAGCGCCAUGACUGACUGACGUGGGUCCUUAGCACGCCAAUGUCGUUCCAAUGCAGACCUUACCCACUCUGACCGUGAGACAGCGGGUCGGCAGUGACCGCUACCCCUCCCCUCCCUGGCUCCUCCCUCUGCCAUGGCAGCCGCAGGGCCAGAGAUGCUCCGGUCACGUGACCGCCCGACGACUCGCGCCGCGCGCGCCCUAUAAAUGUGAAGGGUCGACCCCAGCACAGUGAGACGUGCAGUGCAGGUGGCAGAGAUAGCAGCUCCCCGAUCGCAGAGAGACACACAGUCACACAAGAUGGCCCGGGUACGAUCCGCUCUGCUGCUGGCAUUCGCCGCUGUUGUCGUCUCCUCACAUGUUGCGAAGCGGCAAGUCCCCGAAGAGUACCCGACGUACGCUCAGGUGCCGGACGAUGUCGCCUUCACGUGCGAUGACAAACUGCCAGGCUAUUACGCCGACGUGGAUUAUCAGUGCCAGGUCUGGCACUGGUGCACUCCUCAGGCCACCCUGUACAGUUUCCUGUGCCCCAACCAGACCGUCUUCAACCAGCAGUACCGCGUCUGCGACUGGUGGUACAACGUCGACUGCCCCAGCGCCACCAGCCAGUACGUCAACAACGAGGAACUCUACAAGGAUGCCGAGGGCAACCCCAUAUAAUCAGCGGGCCCGCCGGCCCCAGUCAGUCAGUGUGUGCGGCGUGCGCGCGGUGUGCCACGGCGAAAUUCCGAGAGCAGCUAGACGCUUAUAGAACACUAGAGGCUCGGCAAAGACAGCAUGUUUGAAGAGCGUGUGAGAGCUGCGCGGAGUGGGGUAUGCGUGAUGCUGGUCGAGACAGCAGUGGUUUUGUUUUGAGGAGUGCCGUUGUCUCAAAGUGUGCUUUGCAGUGAUUUUUUUUCAUAAAAAGGCGAUAGAAAACAAUGAAUGCAUAUAUUGUCCAGUUAGCUUUUGCAAAUGAAAUCGCUUAAUUCAGCAUUGCUCUUAGACCCAGACACUUGUAUAAUGUACUUUGUAGUAGUUUUUGCAGUCAAUCGCUUUACGGAGACUUUGUGUUAUUGUUGCUGAUGAAUAGUGCAACUGCUGUAAGCCCGACUCGUUUGUGCUUACAUACCGGCUGUAUCGCUGGCUAGCGCACGGUUUCUUUCAUACGACUGACGUGUCGGUCAAAAUACACAAAUGCUCUGA